UUAGGAACUGUAGAGCUGGCAGAAGGAGAAUUAAUUUUUUUUCUUCCCUGAUAAUGAAGGGUGUUGAGCAAAUGAAGGAGCAGUUCAGCUGUUCCUCCCGAGCUGAAUGUCUGUGCUGGUGACACCAAAUGGAUGCCAAGAGGCUCGGGCAGAAAUCUGCUCUCUAAUGAGGUGCCACCUCAUUUGCUUUGGGCCUCACAGCAAAAUAAACCACAACAGCUUUACUCAAAUGCUGGCCACUAAAAAGCAAAUUUUUGUUUUCCUACCCCACUUCUAGAGAGCUUUCUACAAAAGCUUUUACAAAGCAUUUAAUAUUUAUGAGCUGAGUGUUUGCAAACACCGUGUUAUAAAUGAAAACCACCGUAAGGAAUUUCACUACACCGUGCUUGUGUCUGAGGCAUGUACACAAGCUGUGUGACUUGUUUCCAGGUGUUUUGGGGUUCAUGCUCAGCUAUGAACACAAGCAGCUGCCUUGGCAGGGAGCUGUGUGCUGCAUUUCCCUCUCCAGGCUGGCCAGCUGUAGUGCUCCGUGUGAGGAUCCUCACUGACACCUGGGCAUGGAGUGGGCUCAGCUGGAGCUUGUGCCAGCUGGCUGCUCUGGGCAGGGCUGCUCUGCAGCAGCUGGGGCAGGGCUGAAAUCCCAGUGCGUGCUGCCUGAAAGACCUCGAACAAAGGACUGGAAAAUGGAAAGAGUCACAAAGUAACACAGGCCAGUUGGAAACAGGGAACAAAUUCCUGAAAAAAAGCUUUUUGACAACCAGCAAUGUUUUUAAUUUGACCCAUGACUUGGCACAUGGAAAUGUUCUUUACAGUGUCCUGGAAUAAGAAACUCCUGGACUAUGAUUUGCACUGUAGCAGAGAGCGUUGAGCAUAUUUCCCAAUUUUCUUUUACUAUCUGGAAGAAAGGUUUGUUACUUCUGCCUGUUGUGUGUUGACUAUAGUAGUUCUCUAAACACAAGGAUAGUAUUUUUCUCCAAAGGAGAAUCCAGGUUUUGGUCUGGAUGACACCUCUGGGUGUGCGAUUGUAGCAAAACUUAGUGGUAACAGUAGUGUUUGGGAAAUAGGCAAAAAACCCCCAAAGCCCCAGUCUUCUGUCACAAAGCAAGAAAUAAUGGGUAUGGCAAACUCUUUCUGUCACUGUGAAAGGCUGAAAGUCAAAGGUGUUAGUAAGAUAAAAGUUGAGAUUUCUUUUUAGGGACAUUUAGACUGAGGGACAAGACAACAGCAAAAAUAAUAAAAGAGGUCUGUAGCAUGUUGUUCUUUGUGGCUUUUUCCCAAGAUUGGUAAGCAGGAUUUAAAAAUCACUAAACUUUGCAACACCACCUUAUCUCUUGGGUGAGAGAAGGACUUAAUCACUGGUUCAGAGAGAGGUUUCAAGGCUACUUGAAAACUGUACUUUUUCAGUGAAGUAAGGACAAGAAAUUAAUAGCUUUAAACAAGUCUAUUUUAUGGCUGAACACAGAGUAAGUGACAUUCUUGCUGUUAGAGCAGAGGUUUAAUAACAUGGAGCAAUUUCUGAGGUUGUGUUUACUGUUGUUUUCUCUUCUAAAACCUCCACCCCUCCAGCAGUGCAUGGAAGGAUUCUGAAAUGUAACUGUAGACCUGUCAGAAAAGCUCCCAGUGGACUGGUGGCUCCCUUGGAUGACGGCGAUAUGCUGAUGGAUGAAUUGUCAGGAAAAGAAUUGUUUCUGUUGGCUUGUGGAUUCCUUUAACAAUAUGGGAAAAUCCUUAGUCCUGAGCCCAGUAAGACCAUUCAAAUGAGCUGAGAGAAAUGACUCCAGCACGGCUGUACAGGUUUUCUUCCUGAUUUCCUAAUUGACAAAGCUGAGACGGUGAAAUCUGACAGAAGGGUGCAAGGUGUGGCCUGCUCAAGCAGGUGCACUGACAGGUGCUUGCAAAGAUGUCUAAAACAAACAAAUCCAAGUCUGGAUCCCGUUCCUCCCGCUCGAGGUCUGGAUCGAGGUCCCGCUCCCGUUCCUUCUCCAAGUCCCGCUCCCGUUCCCGCUCCAUCUCCCGGUCAAGGAAGCGCAGGCUGAGUUCUAGGUCUCGUUCAAGAUCCUAUUCUCCAUCUCACAACAGAGAAAGGAACCAUCCUAGAGUCUAUCAGAACCGGGAUUUCAGAGGCCAUAACAGAGGAUACCGGAGACCGUAUUAUUUCCGUGGCCGAAACCGAGGGUUUUAUCCCUGGGGCCAGUACAACCGAGGAGGGUAUGGGAAUUACAGGUCCAACUGGCAAAACUACCGCCAGGCCUACAGCCCCCGCAGGGGCAGGUCACGCUCCCGCUCGCCCAAGAGAAGAUCUCCUUCCCCACGGUCCAGAAGUCAUUCCAGGAAUUCUGAUAAAUCAUCUUCCGACCGCUCGAGGAGAUCUUCCUCUUCCCGCUCCUCCUCCAAUCAUAGUCGGGUGGAGUCUUCCAAGCGUAAAUCCGGGAAGGAGAAGAAAUCAUCCUCCAAGGAUGCGCGGGCAUCCCAGGCUGCGGGAGAUAACCAAGGAGACGAGUCCAAGGAGCAGCAGUUUCCAGGAGCGGGGGCUCAAGACGCCAAGGCGUCCGAGGGAUCAAAACCGUGGCAAGAUGUGAGCAGCUAUGGCACGGGCUCCACAUCCAGAGGGUCGGAGCUGAGCCCCCGGGAGCGCAGCCCUGCCCUCAAGAGCCCGCUGCAGUCGGUCGUGGUGCGGCGGCGCUCGCCCCGGCCCAGCCCCGUGCAGAAGCCGAGCCCGCCCCGCUCCAGCCCGUCCCCGAUGGGCUCUGCUGCCCAGAGCGGCUCCAGCUCCUUCCAGGGAGGCUCCCACCAGAGCCCCUUUGAGCACGGCUCGGCAGGAAUGAGCCCCACCAGAAAGAGCCCGGUGUGCAAAAGCCCCACACCCGUCAGUUCGCUGUAUGGUGCCGCUCCGAAGGAGGAGGGCACAGCUCCCGGAGGAGGAGCCUUCUCCAAGAGGUAUCUGGAAGAGCAGAAGACUGAGAAUGGGAAAGACAAAGACCAGAAAGUAACAAAUGCUGAGAAAGAAAAAAGUAAAGAAAAAGGGAAUUUCUCUGAGUUGGGAUCAACAGAUGGAAAGGCAAAAUCUGACUCAUACGGAUCGAAAACUGACUCAGAGAAGGGAUACCGUGGCAGCCAGUCACCCAAGCGCUACAAGUUCAGGGAUGACUUUGACAAGCUCAAGGUCCCAGACUUCCACAAGGAAGGUCAUUAUGGGAAAGAUGAAACAGAUGAGCAGGACAAGAAAGACAAAGCCAAGGGCCGGAAAGAUUCGGAAUUUGAUGAUGAGCCCAAAUUUAUGUCUAAAGUCGUUGCGACUUCAAGUAAAAGUCAAGAAGAGGAUAGGUCAGGAAAAUGGGAAGGUGUGGUGUUCCUGCCACCUGGAAAAGAGAAGCAAAGGAAAUCUGAUGAAAUGGAGGAGGAAAGCUAUUCUGAAAGAUCCAAAAAAGAAGAGAGAUCAGGAUCCAAGAGAGCUGAACCUGGUCACAGGGGUUUUGUACCUGAAAAGAAUUUUAGAGUGACCACUUACAAAUCAAGCCAGGAAAAAAGCUCUUCCCCUCCACCAAGGAAGGCUUCUGAGGUGAAGGAGAAGGCAGGCACCAAAGUAGAGGGGCUAACUCCUGGCAAAUCCUCCUUCUCCAUUACUCGUGAGGCCCAGGUCAAUAUUCGAAUGGAUUCCUUCGAUGAGGAUCUUGCACGUCCCAGUGGCAUAUUGGCCCAGGAGCGCAAGCUCUGCCGGGAUCUCGUGCACAGCAACAAGAAGGAGCAGGAAUUCCGCUCGAUUUUCCAUCAUAUCCAGUCGGCUCAGUCCCAGCGAAGCCCUUCUGAACUGUUUGCUCAGCACAUAGUGACUAUAGUCCAUCAUGUAAGAGAGCAUCAUUUUGGGUCUUCAGCAAUGACACUGAAUGAACGCUUUACCAAAUAUCUAAAGAAAGGAAUGGAACAAGAUGCAGCUAAAAACAAAAAGAGCCCUGAAAUACACAGGAGGAUAGAUAUAUCUCCCAGUACUUUUAGAAAACAUGGAUUCUCUCAAGAGGAAUCGAAAAGUUCCAGAGAUCCUGGCUUCAAGGCUGAAGGGAAAUAUAAGGACGACCCUGUUGAUCUGCGCCUUGAUAUUGAACGCCGUAAAAAACAUAAGGAAAGAGAUCUUAAACGCGAUAAAUCCAGGGAGUCGGUGGACUCGAGAGAUUCAAGUCACUCAAGGGAAAGAUCAACUGAGAAAACGGAGAAAAGUCACAAAGGCUCAAAGAAAAAGAAACACCGACGGGUGCGUGAGAGAUCCAGGUCCAGUUCCUCGUCCUCGUGGUCCUCUCAUUCAGUCAAAGCAGAAGAGUAUCCCGAGGAGACUGAGGAGAGGGAGGAAAGCUCCACAGGCUUUGACAAGUCCCGCCUUGGGACUAAAGAAUUCACUGGUCCAAAUGAGAGAGGAAGAGCAAGAGGAACCUUUCAGUUCAGAGCUCGAGGGAGAGGAUGGGGCAGAGGAAACUUUUCAGGCAACAACAACAGCAACAGCGGCGGCAACAACGACUUCCAGAAACGCAGCAGAGAGGAGGAGUGGGACCCCGAGUACACACCCAAGAGCAAGAAAUACUACUUGCACGACGACCGCGAGGGCGAGGGCACGGACAAGUGGGUGAACAGGGGCCGCGGCCGUGGCGCCUUCCCCCGGGGAAGAGGCCGCUUCAUGUUCCGCAAGUCCAGCACCAGCCCCAAGUGGGCUCAUGACAAGUUCAGUGGGGAAGAGGGAGAAAUCGAAGACGACGAAAGCGGAACGGAAAACCGGGAGGAAAAGGACGCCCUGCAGACGACGGCCGAGUAGCCGCGGGGCCCGCGCCGUUCUGGGAGCCCUGGCAGGAGGGGAGGGGUCAGGCUGGUGCUGGGGUGUCAGGGUGAUCCCCACGUGCUGAGCAGAGCCCUGGAGAGCAGCUCGGAAACCAUCCCGACGUUAUUUAACUGCAUUUCCAGAGUUCAGCCUCCCCAAGCACGGACUGGGACUGAUCCAUCAUUUACGCUCGGAUCCACUCCUGGAGUUUCUCUUCCCAAAGACUUCCCUUCUGGACUGGAUACGGUCAAGCACUGGGUGAGACCCCAGAUUUUCCCUUCUCUGUGACCUUAUGGAUGGUCGGUUAUUUUUUGGUAACAGGCUUUGAGGGCGAUGUGGUUUUAGUUUGUGCCCACCUGACCCCACGUGUCCUGACAUUUUGUUUCUCUUUUAUAAUUUGACCCAGUGACAGUCGGGGUUCACUCGCCUGCUCAAAUUUUCCUCCCCUAUUGUGUAUUCAGUUUUCUAAAUUCUGCUUAUUUUAGGCCUUUACAUAUGUAGUAGCAUCAAUUCAGAGAUAAUUUUGGAAACUAUUUUUGGUUCUUAUAAAUAAGAAAACAAUGAAGCAUGUGAGUAAACAUCUAAAUGUUCACUUGUUGGGACCAAACUGCUAUGACUUUUUUUUUUUUUUUUUAACUUUUUUUUAUGUAACAGUUGAGUUUAGGGCCUUUUAAAAAUGAUUGUUUUCCUUUUAUGUUUGAAGUUAACAAAAUUAGCAUGGUUUAAAAGAGAAAAAAAAAAAUUACACCCUACUUCUGGCCACUCUUUGUGUUCACUAUUAGGCCUGGUGUGUGCUGGACCCCAAACUGCUUGUAGCAUUUGUGUCUCCUCCCUGCAGCUGGUUGUGACCCGAGUGCCCUUUCCAAGGUGACACCGUUUUCUAAGGAACUUCCGAAUUCUUCUUGGGGAAAAAUAUAAAUGGAGAUGAGAAUUUUUCAAUAUUUUUUAUUAAUCUUUUUAUAAAACCAAAAGGCAAAUUCCUCCUGAGCUGGUUGAGGACGGCCCUUAGGCUGCAUUUCUUUUUACUUUCUACUUAAAGAUAUUCUGGAGUAGUUUGUGGAGGGUUCCCGGCCAGGUCGUGAGCCUGGGCAGGGAGGCACAGCCGUGCCUGUGUUCUCCCUGUCCCUCUCCCCAGGAUUGCUGUGCUGUUCCCCACACACCAGCUAGAGUUUGGUUUGUUUUGACUUGAACAGUUCCUGUUUAGCAAAGCCCCGAAGUUUGUUUAUGCAAAUAAAAUACAAUAAAAUAAGUCGUAGGUGUAA